UGUUCCAGACAAACAAAAUAUCAGGUUUUUGGGUUUGCUUCUCAAGAGCCUAGUUAUACUUCUGAAGACAAUAAAUAUAAUAGACAUCCUCAAAAUGUGGAUCUUCCGCCAAUUCUGCCAAAAAAGAAAAAGAAACCAUUUCCUAAUCCAAUUCACAAGGUGCUACGAGCGGCAAGGAUUGAUAAAAAAUUAGCACAGAUGGGAGUUGAGAAGCAUCUCGAGCCCCCAAAGAAUGGAUUACUGGUUCCUGACCUUGUUCCAGUAGCUUAUCAAACUCUGGAAUCAUGGAAAGUUUUGAUUCAAGGACUUGCUCAACUUUUGACUGUGGUUCCAGUCUAUGUAUGUAGAGAAUGCCCAGAAGUCCAUGUUGGCUCCACCGGCCAUUCAAUACAAGAUUGCAGCGGUCCUCAAAAUGUUAAACGAAGAAGUCAGCAUGUUUGGAUUCACGGAACCAUCAAUGAUGUCCUCAUCCCUAUCGAAUCCUAUCACUUAUUCGAUCCAUUUGGGCAUCGCAUCAAACACGAAACUCGCUUCAAUUAUGAGCGAAUACCUGCAGUUGUGGAGCUCUGCAUUCAAGCCGGUGUUGAGUUGCCUCAAUACCCUUCCAGAAGACGUUCCGCUCCAGUCAGAAUGCUUGGCAAGAAGAUGAUUGACCGGGGUGGAUUUGUGGAGGAGCCGAAGCCAUGCAGAUCUCAAGACAUAAUGACCCUGCUUUCUGAGAUUGAUACGUAUGCAGUCCUUAAUAGUCAAUUAAUCUCACCACCCGCUGACACCAGAAAGGCUGCAGAAAGGACUUUGAAGGCUUACAGCACAGUGAGGAGUGGUGUAAGGCAGCUGAUGAGGAAGUAUACCGUAAAGGCAUGCGGGUAUUGCUCGGAGGUCCAUGUUGGACCAUGGGGUCAUAAUGCAAAGCUUUGUGGGGCCUUUAAACACCAGUGGAGGGAUGGGAAGCAUGGGUGGCAGGAUGCAACCAUUGAUGAGGUGAUGCCACCAAACUUUGUAUGGCAUAUGAAGGAUCCCAAGGGGGCACCGCCAACUGGUGCUCUCAAGAGGUUCUAUGGGAAGGCUCCAGCUGUGGUAGAGGUUUGUGUGCAGGCUGGUGCAGAGAUACCUGAUGCUUAUAGGCCUAUGAUGAGACUGGAUAUAGUUGUUCCAGAUACUGAAGAAGCAAGGUUGGUGGCAUAAGGCUGAAGUUCUUAAUAAUUUGUCGAAGUGUGGUAUUUUCGCAGCAGAAUGGAGGUCCUCCCUUGCUUACGGUAUGUACGAUUUGCACAUAUACUUCGUUGCUUGCUUUGGAAACUCAUCUUCAAACUGGUUAUAUUGCCUAUUUAGCACUCUUAAGUUGCGUAUGUGACUUGAGAGAGUUUUUUUUUUGGUACUUUUUUAUAGAUAAAUUCUGUAAAUUGUAGAUGGCACUUGGCAUUA